AUGGCGAUCAAUUUUAUCAACCAACCCAGUAGCGAAGGCACUACUGGUCUUCCAAAGCAUGUUAUCCAACUCGUUUCGGAGGCUAUUGACUCGGCGUCGUCAGAGCUGCGUCGACUGAACUUAGAGAAGAGAAAGCCUGCAAGCUGCUUGCCGGAUGACGCCCUUCCUGAGCUUGGCCAUGCUUGCGGUCACAAUUUGAUUGCCACAUCAACACUGGCAUCAGCCGUCGGGGCCUCUGCCGCUAUGAAGGAACUGAUAAUCCCAGGAACGUUGAUCGUGAUGGGAACGCCCGCUGAAGAGACCGGCGGGGGUAAAUAUAUCAUGGCGAACCAUGGCGCGUGGAAGGACUGUAGCGUCGUCCUCAUGACACACGCCAUGCCGGACUUCUCGACCGCGAGAACGGUGACGAAGGCUUCAUGGAAGUUCAGAGCCAAGUUUCAUGGAAAGGCUGCACACGCGGCAGCCGCACCGUGGAAUGGAAACAACGCCUGUGAUGCCAUUGUAAUGGCGUAUAACGGUUUAGGGCUACUUCGUCAACAGAUCCAAAAGACGGAAAGCAUCCAGUCUGUUAUCCUUGAAGCUGGAAAAGCACCCAAUAUUAUUCCCGACUACGCUGAAGGUAGCUUUUCUCUGCGUGCGUUUGACUCAAAGGCGUUGGAGCGUCUCCGAAGCCGCGUGAUACCCAUUUUCGACGGAGCUGCAGCGUCUAUGGGCUGUACUGUUGAAUUAUUUUGGGACGCAUUAUAUGAAGACGUUGUAACCAACAUGGCUCUAGCGAGCCGCUAUACCCACUAUAUGAUCAAUGAUCUGGGCCUCACGCCCGCAGAUAUUCUUCCUCCAUCAGAUCUUUCAGCCAAGGUGGAUCAGAAUGGUAGCUCGUAUGUUGCAAGGCGGAACACAACCCUGGACCCGUCGCAAAAGGCACUAACGUUGCAAAUCUCCAGCGAUUUCGGAAACUGUUCUUAUAUUCAACCCGGUAUUCAGACAUUGUUCAGCAUUAACGCUACGGAUAUGCCUCAUACCCCUUCCUUCCAGAAAGCGGCGGGUACAGACUUUGCACAUACAGAGUCAUUGAGAGCUGGAAAGGCCAAUGCUUUGAUAGGGCUCGAGGUCCUGCUUGACGAGGGGUUCUACAAGGAAGUAAAAAGUGAUUGGAUAAACGACAUGAAGGAGCGUGGUCGUCUUCCCGAGUGA